AUGGGGAAAACGUGUGUCGCUUACGGCUGUAGUAAUGUAAACAAGGAUGGCGUUUCAUUACACAGCUUCCCAAAUCCUACAACUGAAAAAGAGCGAUUUGACGAGUGGAACAGACAAGUGAAACGGACGCGUCUUCAUUGGACCGGCCCUCCGCUUCCCUAUCUGUCUGCUGCGUGGAGAUCCUGUGUUGUCUGCUCUGAGCACUUCACGUUGGACUCGUUUGAACACAUUAAUUCGGUGGCAGCGUCUUUGGGAUACAAGACACGGGCUACAUUAAAACCUGAUGCCAUCCCAACAGUCUUCAAACGAAAGAAGCCGAGCGAGGCUUCCCCGACUCCCGCAAGGACGGACAGACGCACACUUCUGACCCACAAGCUCGAACACCGGAGGAUGAUAAAUUCUCUCCUUAUUCCUGCCAUGGACCCUGUGCAUCCAUCAACAUCAGCGGGCUCCUCAAAUGAAGAUGAUGGCAUUGGCACCUUUACACCUUCACUUCAAGAUCAAUCCACACAAACCACAUUCAGAAACAAGUCAACGUACAGGAGCAAAGGAGUUUCAGUUCGACCCCGCCAGCGUUCCGUUUCCAUACAGUGUACUCUACCAUCCAAGAAGGCAUGUAGCUCGGAUUAUCCAAUUCAUAUUUUUGAAGUCCAUGAUGAGGAUGAGGAUUUCACCAUAGAGGAAGCUGAUGACCCUGAUUACAUCGCAGAUGAGCAGGACAUUAUUGAAGAGUCAGAAAGGAUUGAAUCAUGGCAGCCGGGAGAAAAAUUUUACUUGGUUUCAGAGAGCAGCCUUUUUGGGGACGGAAGAGCAGACAGUCCAGGGCACUCGGCAAAGUAUGGUACAUACACAGUAAUGGAGAGGAAAAGCAAAACAAUAAUUGCUUCCCAGCUUGUACAGUCAAAUGAAGUCACCUCAAGCGUAGCUAUGGAGAAAGAAGGUUUACUCCGAGCAUUAGAUCAGCUCAACAGAAAUGACGUUGUCAUCAAGGAGUUGGUUACAGAUAGGCAUCUAUCAAUUCGCAAAAUGAUGAGAGAAACAAAGCCUGAUAUAAAGCACAGUGUCGACGUCUGGCAUCUUGACAAAGGUUUAGGAAAGAAGCUUCUUGCAUUCAGUAAAGAGAGAGACUGUGGUCUUGUCAGUGAAUGGAAACAGUCCAUCUCAAAGCACAUCUAUUGGUGUGCCAAUAAUGGGGAUGGAUACGUCCUGUCCAUUUUCUGA